AGUCUUUGAAAUUGUAAAUGUCAUCUCAAAUAUACUUUCUAAGUAAGAUUUUCAGAAAAAAUCAUUUUCAAUCGAGAGUUCAAAAUGAGUGUAAAAGACGAAUUUAUUAUUAAAGCAUAUUCCAAUUUUUUGGAGGCCAAAAGGGAAGCCAAGGCCAAAAUCAUGGAAAUACGUGAAAUAAAGCACCAGCUGGAGGGUAUUUCCAUAGCCGUGGAUAAGGCUAAGGAUGCUCUGAACCAGGCCAAGAAAAAUCAACAUUUCGAAAAGAAAUUUCUGCAUUGUCUCUUAAACAAGCCUAUUUUGAAACGUCGGUUGGAUAACAGUCUGCGUCCUGCUUUUAGAAACGGCAUUCAUCCGAUCGUUCAAGCUAAUGUGAACCACUUAAUGGCAUCUUAUUUGGAGGAAAUCGAGAGGACGUCUCCUUCUUCAGAUGAUGAUUCAGGUAUUUUCGAGGAGGAAUAGUAGAGGAGGAUUUAAACAGUAAGAACUGUC